AUGGGUAAGAUUAACUUCACGACCGACGAAGCCUCCAUCCUCAAGGCCUACAAAUUAUCGUCCCAGAACCCGACGAAAUGGGAAGAGAUAGAUCAUGACCUGGAAGAUCCUCUUUCUGACCUCCUUACCUCCCAAUCCAACGAUGGAGACGGUGACCCCUUGGGCCUCGGCGGCGUCGUUGAUCUGACAAGUUUGGAUGCAGAAUCGAAGAUGUCCGUGCUCAUUUCUUCCAAAUCAUUUGAUCCAAAAUCCUUUCUAUCUGCUGUACACCCAAACGCAACAUACCAAGAUCUUGCGGCAGGCAUUAAUCAUCUCCAAUCAUCCAUUGAUGCUCGUUCGGAGGCUGUCCGUGUCCUCGUAGAAGAUAACUUUGAUCGGUUCGUUGCUGUCAAGGCUUCUACUGAUGCGUUAUAUGCGGAGAUGCGUGAGGGAUUACUGAGUGACAAGGCGGAAUUUGCCAGCAGACCGCUUGUGGACUACUUAAAACGCUCGGCUGUGAAGGCCAAUCAAGUCUUCCUCCCUACCCUCGAGAACAGCGCCAAAGCCCAAAAGUUGCGCACUACGCUCGGCGUUUUUGAGCGCUCCAAGUUCUUCUUCAGCCUCCCAGGAUUUCUCGUGGAAUCUAUCGAGGCUGGAAGAUAUGAAGCUGCACUGCGUCAGUACAACAAGGGGAAGUUUCUCCUCGACUCUCGCCCUGGGCAGCUCCUCCCCGUCGAAGCAGGUGCCAACGCAGGCUCUACGGCACAACAGAAGAGGAUAUUAGACAAGGUGUGGGCAAACGUUGAAAAGGUGAUGGGGGAGAUGAAGGCGCUACUUUUGGCACGGUUGCAAGAACCAGGAAGAAGCGUCGAAGAAAUGGAGCGAGGGAUUGAGAUUCUCCUGGAACUAAAUGUACCUGAAGAUCCGAUAUGGACCUACUUCGAUAGCCAGCAUAAGCGCAUCAUGGACCGGAUGAGUGCUGCCUACAGGACUGGUAUUUCAAACAUUGAUGGCGCGUCCCUCUCGCGUUGUCGAGUACUUUUUAUACUGACGUGUAUCACAGCCACGAAGUCUCGCACGGCACCUGAACUGUCGUCUCCGAAUGCGCUCAGACAGAUCCUUGGUGCGCAACUUCAGGUAUGUAUCGUAGCGCUGGAGAACAAAGCGCCCGAAGCCGUAAUUGCGCAAGCAGGUGGUCAUGAGGUGUGGCAGGCUAUCUGGGACAUGGUGAAAAAUAUCUCCGAGGUUAUGGUCUCUUCGUUGCCCAAUUUCUGGAAAAUUGCAAGGAGCUUCUUGGAGGGCAAGUUCAAACGAGUUCGUCCAUCGUCAUCGAGGCGCAGUUCCUCCCAAUGCAGGCAAAUGGCACUCGACAUCAUCAAGCUCUACAUCAAUUUCCUUUCGGAAUUUUUCACUCUUUCUGACGUCCUAUCAAACUCCUCUACCACCAAUUCUCCUGAGCAUCUCCCAGCUCAUUCGAACUCGCUAACGACGGCUCACUGGCUGACUAAGAUUCUUAAUGAGGUACAAGAUUGCGUCGCCGAGAUUGGCGCAUUGGAACUCGGAGAAGGCAGUCUGGUGAAAGGGCUGGUGGAGAGCGCGCGGUGGCGUUUUGAAGAUGUUCUAGUGAGAUCUUGGUUGCGAGACGCAAACUACAUGUAUACGCUCGAAUCGUUUACUCCCGAUCUUUCCACCCCUUCUACAACGCUCCAUCUCGCUCAUCUCGAAUCGUUCAUGCGCCACCUUGCAACGUCAGCAUUUAAGAUUGCGGGUGGUGUCUCGGCAGAUAGUGGAUCGGGCGUGUUGCAGGUAACACAACAUAACACCGUACCACCAGCAUUCAUAUCAAAAAUCACGAAGGCAUUUUUGGAUGCAAUAUAUGCGAUUCUGGAUGGGUUUGUUGUGCUCGUCGCGGAGGAAGCGCCACCAGGUGUGGGCUGCAUCGUGGCAACGGGAGCACCUGAGCGAGAAGGGAAGCAGGAGCUGAUUAAUCUGCGCGACUCGAAUACGAGGCUGCUCCUCGUGAUAUCUAAUUUCUCGCAUUUAUCAGGAUCGUUGAUACCCAGUGUGUUAUCUCAACUGGAGAAUGCGCUCGGCAUAUCAGUUGAAGAUGAUAGAAAGACACUAAUGAAAGCAGUGACUGCGCUUGACAAGACACUCUUUGAUGGAUAUGUCAAGCCCAAGGCUGCAGCCGUCGCAGUCAUUUUGCGAGAGGGCAUUCUCGACAAAGACAUGGAUUGGUACGAGACGCCGCAACCUACGGAAAUACGGCCAUAUAUGUACAAAGCCUUGAUGGGCCUCGUCGAAAUUCACGCGCAAAUCAGCCGCGUUGCAGAGAAUCUACUCGAACGCGGGAUGUACGCCCUUGUAGAGAACGUCGCUCAAGAUGCAUUACUCUCGUUCAAACAAGUCAAGCGGUUCGGCAUGGGCGGUAUGCUUCGCGCUACGCUAGAGAUCGAGUUCAUGCACCAAACGCUUGCUCGCUACGUGUCUCCGCCGGCUGCGAAGACGCUUUCGGAGUUGUAUAACAAGAUCUCGCAGGCGUAUGCACGACGGUCGGGAGAUGAGAAUUUGCAGGGGAAUCUGGACAGUGUGAAGAGGACGCUGGCCGAGAGUCGGCGUGCGACUGGGAUUGAGUUCAUGUGCUUUAGAGCGGCCAAAGACAGGAGUGGGAAAGGGAAGAAGGAGAAGGACGAGGGUAGAGAGCGGGGUAAGGACAGAGGAAAGGACAGAGAAGGUAGAGGUGAUAGCAGUACAGCUUCAUGA